CGACAUCACCGUGCGCCUUCGACAUGCCGGAUGCAGCUUCGUUGCUGGACUCAUUUAGGAGGACGAGCGGGUAGUUGUGAUGCCCUCCGGGUUAGCCAUCAAACCUGAUUUAACCGGUGUGACAUGGAGCCAGAUGGAGACCUAAACCCCGACAAAGACGACCUUCCGCUCCGAGCCAACACUAACCACAUUCUUGUCAGACAUUACGUGCUGGACCUGGCUGUACGUUUCGAACGGAGGGUCAUCAGUGGUAGCAUUGUCCUUUUUCUGGAGCCUCGCUCUGGAGCGAGGGCUCAGGCGGAGGAUGACUCCGCACCCGGAGCUGGUGAUGGAGCUGAAAGUGAAGGGGUUGAAGAGAAUCAGAAAGGGCGUGGGAAGAGCACGGCGGAGAUGGAGGAGAUGUGUGGCGGGAAAGGGGGAGCUGCGUCUGGGUUUGACUCGCAGACCUCGGCUGACAAUACUCAGUCUUCACAUUCGUGGCAAACCGGCGGUGAAGCUGAUUUCACCCUAGUGCUGGACUGCUGUGACCUUGAUGUGUCAAAGGUUGAAGAGGUGGACAUCGCUUCCGUGUCAGAAAUGUUGAGCCUCCUCCCAGGCGUCGCAUCUGAAAAGCCAGGGGUCACGUCCGCGGACACGCAAGCCACCAUUAUUCAGAACCUUAUCUCCAUGCCCUCGAAAGAGUGGAGGCGGAAGCGUCAGCUCUUUUCGCUGUGUAGCCGUGCCCCCGGAGCCCCGGGUGUCGGCUCGCUGCGUUUCCUCUGUGACCGGUGGAGUCUGCGGGUUAGGAAGGCGGGGGUCGCGUCACCUCAGGAGUUCCCCCGUGCUCUCAGGAUCUGCUAUGAGACGAGACCAACAGGAGGCUCUGUGAGGUGGACCAGAGACCAGGACGACAGGGUGUGUGUUUACACUGCCGGUUCUCCCAUCAACAACCGAGCCCUCUUCCCCUGCCAGGAGCCGCCUGUUGCCAUGUCAACGUGGCAGGCAACAGUACGGGCCCCCAGUGAGUGUGUGGUUUUGAUGAGCGGGGAGGAGACGGCUGUGCCCACCGACGACGACGACGGGGACGACGGCGAUGACACACAUUCCUCAUCCUGGAAUUACUACGUAACCAUGCCCAUGCCCGCCUCCACCUUCACUUUGGCCGUGGGCCACUGGCACCAAGUCGCGGCAGAAAUUCCCCCAGCUUUGGAAAGAGGGGUGAGGGACAGGACAGACAUCGGCAAGGCGGCCAAACCCAAAGCCGGGUAUGGGGAAUUCAGUGAGACUGAGCUUGUGUCUGGACUUGGAAGUUCCUCUAGCCAAGCGGUAAAGGGCUCUCCACUCCAGACUGGCAGCGGAGACCAGACCACCCGCUCAGACUCUACAUUCUGUUACUCUUCCCUUGAGGGCAAGGGGCGCUCUGUAACUGAUUAUUCAGGCAUGGUGGAUGACGGCAUUUCUUGUUCCCAUGGUGACUACCCUUGUCGAUUUACUGAGCGGUCGGCUGGGUCCCAGCGGGUGAUCCCGCACCGUGUGUUUAGUCCUGUCUGUCUGCUGCAGAAGGUCCAGAUGCGGGUCCUCAAGCUGCUGCCUGGAUGUUUGGCUGCAGCCCACGCCGUCCUGGGCGUCCACCCCUUUCCCCGCCUCGACGUCCUCAUCGUCCCGGCGGGAUUCUCCAGUCUCGGCAUGGCCAGCCCCCAUAUAAUUUUCCUGUCCCAGAGCGUGCUGCGCGCUGGGAGUCCCGGCUCGGAGGGGGGCGACCUGUCUCUGUGCGGCUCUCGGAUUUGCCAUGAGAUUGCCCACUCCUGGUUCGGCCUGGUCAUCGGAGCCAGAGACUGGACGGAGGAGUGGAUCAGCGAGGGCUUCGCCACCUGCCUGGAGGACAUCAUCUGGGCCCGAGCACAACAACUCUCUUUGCAAGAGGCGACGGAGCAGUUUGACCUGAAGGCUUUGCUGAGGUGGAGGCGACUUUCAGAUGAGCUUCAGAAUUCAAAGGAGGAACUUCAGAUCCUCAGACCCAACAUGGAGAGGACCGGUCAGGUUAGUGACUCUGGCUCCUCCACAGUCAAACAUGCCCUCAAUCCUGAAAAAACUUUCAUGCAGGUCCACUACCUCAAGGGCUAUUUCCUGCUCAGGUUCCUAUCCAGUCAAGUGGGAGAACAACAAUUCAUUGACUUCUUCAGAUUAUUUGUGAGGAAACACCACGGGCGGCUCAUUUUGUCUCAGGAUUUCUUGCAAAUGUUGCUGAUCACCUUUCCCGACUUGGAGAGAGACGGCCUCACCCUCGCUGCUAUUUAUGCUGAGUGGCUUGAUCGACCGGGGAUUCCAGAGUGGCUGUACGAAAGGAGCGCCGCGUGGUCACAGGCAAGGCUGGUGGAAGAAGUCAAAGCGGAGGUUGUAAAAUGGAUUCUCCUCAGUCAGAGUCAUCAGGGGAAGGGCAGAAAGCGGAAGAGAAUAGAACCCAAGGUGAACUACAAAGAGUUGACGUCGGACCAGCUCGUGAUGCUUCUGGAGCUUCUGCUGGAGGAGCCGGAGCUGAGCGUGGCAUCGCUGCGUGCUCUGCAGAGGACUUACGGCUUGCAGGAUCAAGACGCUGAGGUCCGUCAUCGCUGGUGUGAGCUGGUGGUCAAGCAUGCGUACGCUCAGGCAUACGGAGACGUGGAGAACUUUCUGAUUCACGACCAAGCCAUGGGUGUUUAUCUGUACGGGGAGCUGAUGGUUCAGGAGGACGCCGAGCAGCAGGCUCUGGCUCGUCGCUGCCUCUCAUUAGUCCGGCAAGAAAUGGACCAAUCGGCACGUGGAGUGGUGGAGGAGAUGGUGCUCUGACGCUGGAGGUUGGUGACUACAAACAGAGAUGACAGGAGUUUGGCACAGAGGGCUUACGAGGGGUCCAGCGCUCACCUCCCUUUUCUUUUUUCCUCUGGGAUGCUGCAGAAUCGCUCAGCAGUGUGAACACCAGAAGGCUGCCUUACAUACUCUACAGUCAAGGCCAACUGGCAAGACUUAGAGCACAGCAGUUCUGUUCAGUGGAGUCUAAAGAAAUAGCCGGUGUGUGGACCACUGUACAAGCUGUUGGCGGGGAGACGGCGUGGUCGGCUACACGGUCACGGCGCGUAAGACGAGAAAAAUGACAUCACUGCACCAAUUUUUUAAAAUGCGAUGGAAAAAUGUGAAACGAGGCAGUUGAUGGAUAACGUCACUGCACCUGCAGCCAUGUUUGAGAACCUGCUGUGUUUAAGGUAGUGCCUGUUUGUGUAGGUGUGAGUUCAUGUCUGUUUAGUCUAAAGUCACGACCUGAUUCAUAAUAGUUUAGACUAGAAAUACUUUCAGGUGAGUAAUUUUUUUUAAACAAAUGACUACACUCAGGUCGAAACUGGACAGUUCUCAGGUCAUUUGUUUAAAUGGUGGAGUUAUUUGUUUUAUUUUCGUAUGCCAUUUUCUUUUAAGAAGUAGAUUGUGUCAGAUUGUUGUAUCGUCUACAUUUGCAUUAAUGAAAUAAAUUGGAUUGGUGAAGGAAAA